GCUGCGGAGGGAUGGUAGUGGUUCGACGCAACCUGGCGCAUUUUAAAAUCUGUCUGUUACUAGAUUGACUAUAUUGUGCGUUCUAGAAAGUGUUGCAGAAUGUAUCUUACAACGUUGACGUUCGUUGUUGGAUUUCUUCUGACUGAAGUUUCCAAAACUAUGGGACAGAUGUGCACGGAUUUACAUAGCAUAUACGCCCUGAAGAAGGGUGUGAGACUGUCAAAGGUUCAAAUCUACUCUGUUAAAAGCGAUGGACUGAUGACCUGUGCCCGACACUGUCUUCUGAAAACAGGCUGUGAAUCCAUCAACUAUAAUAUAGCAACGGGUUUGUGUGAACUCAACAGACAUUCCUUCACGAGUACAGCUCCCACCAACAUACAGACCGCUCCUUCCUCCUCCGUACAGUCGGACAUCCAGACCUGGCCCACUAGCAUGGCAGGUUCUUGUGCUAAUCACAGCUGUAACGUUAAUUCCCGCUGCGUUGCAUCGUCGGAUCCAGUGUGUGAAGUGUCUGGUUGUUUAACUUCUGACAUCCCCGAUAUACCCUACACAACCCUGAAUACAACAGUGUCUUACUUUGAAAGUCCGGUGGGAACAGUUCUGAAGUACACUUGUGAUAAAGAUUUCUUCUUACCUGAGACGAGGGCAGAAUGUGGCGCGAUUGGUAAUUGGACAUUUGCCAACUGUCGGCUGGCCGAGCCAUCAUCAUGUGUCGCUGUGAAGCAGUGCAACCCGGAUAGUGGUGACGGAGAGUACUGGAUGAGACUGCCGAACUUCGACUUCAAUAGGACCCGUAUCUACUGCCAUGACAUGGGAAGCCAGAGUCCAAGGGAAUAUCUCACACUAAAAUUUCAAAAUCAUGGUACUUUCCCCUCAAGGACAAACUUAUUUUGUCGCGGAGAAGGUGGGGUAUAUCCCACCUGCCUGCCCCUAGUAGGAGAGGUUUGGUACAACAAAAUUAGAGUAGAUCUGCUUACAUUGGAAAUUGUUCGAGAUGACACAACUUUUGCUCGUGUUUCUGGAAACCCUCCAAAGUAUGGAGAUGCGCGUGAUUGUUACACCGAGCACCAAAAUGGAGUUGCACGUCAUUGUGGUCUUAAAGGCGAGUUCACAAUCAAUCUACGCGAAACAGGAUGGAUUGUCUCCCCGGAUCAGCAAUGGAGAGAAACAGGAUGGAAGGCAGCCAUGGAGGCCCCUGACAGGAGCGAUGAUGGAGCUGUAAUUCGCCUCAGAUGUGGCGGAUAUGCAGGAGGAUGUUCCCCGGACGGGUCGUUGCUCCUUGUCCCAAACAUGGCUGACAUUAUUGGAGAAACUACUGCAGAAAGGGUUCACUGUGAGUGAUGACCAUCCAUGUCAGGCUCAUUUAUUGCCCAUCGUGAUCAGUAUACCAGGAGUAAUGCAACCACUUGAAGAUGUGACAGACGUGUAUUUGAAAUGUAUUUUUAGAUGUGUUAUUAUACACUGUAGGGAUAUUUGUCUGGAUUGCUGCUGAUUGUGCAGGCAUCUUGAGCCGAGUGAGUACGUUUUAAUUAUGUCUCUGUCAGAAAUAUUCGAGUAACAAAGUAAUCACAAUGUGUUGUAAAUCAUUAAGUAUUACGUUGGCGAACACGUGACAAGUGACAAUCGAGGAUUUACGUCAGCGACCCGUUGCACAUAUGUACAUUACAACACAUCCUCAUUAACCAGUUCUCACAAUAAGUGAGUGAGUGAGUGAGUAUGGUUUUACGCCGCUUUUGGUAAUAUUCCAGUAAUAUCACGGCGGGGACACCAGAAAUGGGCUUCGAACAGUGCACCCAUGUCGGGAAUCGAACCCGGGUCUUCAGUGUGACGAGCGAACGCUUCAACCACCAGGCUACCCGACCGCCCCUCUCACAAUAAGCAAAGGAUACUGGUUACCUUCUCCACAAGUUCUACCUACCCAUUGAGCUUAUAUCUAUGCUUAAGUCAAUGUUCGGUAACCAGUUUGUUAAAAGACGGACAUCUUCAGGCAGUUUUUUCAAUGACUGAUUCCGUCAGUCAACUUACAAAUUGACUGAAAUAA